GGUCCAUAUUAUUGCAUCACUCAAAACUUCAACAUUUCCAUCAUUUUUAUUGCUAUAGUCAUUUUCUCAUAUUGAUACUAAUUUCAAAUGGCUACCAUAAUUCAUGCAUUGGUUAUGUUCUGUUUCAUGGUUUUGAUGCAUAAGGGUGAUUCCUAUGAGUUUGUAGUUGGAGGCCAAAAGGGUUGGAGUGUUCCAAGUGACCCUAAUGCUAACCCUUUAAAUCAAUGGGCAGAAAAGAGCAGGUUUCAAGUAGGAGACUCCCUAGUGUUCAAUUACCAAUCUGGCAAAGACUCAGUAAUUGAAGUAAACAACCAACAAGACUAUGAGAGUUGCAAUACUGAUGCAUCAUCUUCUGGAAAAUCCUCUGAUGGCCACACGGUAAUCAAACUCGACAAAUCAGGUCCUCACUACUUCAUUAGUGGAAUCAAAGAUAACUGUCUCAAGAAUGAGAAACUAUUGGUGAUUGUUCUUGCUGACAGAACCAACAGAAACUCAAACCAAACAGCAACAACUCCUUCUCCUUCUGUUCCUGUAUCUCCUUCUCCUUCUCCAUUAUCCUCGCACACGUCAGAUGCAUUGGCUCCUUCACUACCACCUUCUCAGCUAAAUGGUUCGUCUCCUCCACCACCUUCUCAGGUAGAUGGUUCAUCUCCACCGCCUCUUCAGCAAGUAGGUUCAGCUCCACCGCUAGGGACUGAUGUGACAAAUCCUGCUACUCCAACUACAUCUCCUGUUUCUGAACCUCCUCCUCCUAAUGCUGCUUCUUCAAUCUUGCUUAGCUUUGGUUGUUCUGUUGGAGCACUCAUGGUUUCACUUCUCGUCUAUUCUAAGUAAAAUGUAUGAGUUAUUGAGUAUGAUUUCUGUAAUUUAUUUAUUUUCUCUUCUUAUGGAAACGUUUGAUUGUUUAUGAGGAGAAGUGAGAAAUAAGGUGGUAAUAUAUAGUUAUGUACCCUUUUGUGUGCUUCUUACAUGAUAGAUUGUAAAAAUAUUCAAUAAGUUGAACUUGAAAUAAAUAUACCUAUUUUAUGCA